AUGGCUCAAGCCGGGGCAGGCGGGUACAACAACCCGCUCAAGAAGUUCAAGCUGGUCUUCUUGGGCGAGCAGAGUGUUGGCAAGACCUCCCUGAUCACACGUUUCAUGUACGACUCCUUCGACAACAUGUACCAGGCCACCAUCGGCAUCGACUUCCUCUCCAAGACUAUGUACCUCGAGGACCGAACGGUGCGCCUACAAUUAUGGGAUACCGCCGGUCAAGAGCGUUUCCGGAGUCUGAUCCCUUCAUACAUCCGCGACUCUAGCGUGGCAGUGGUCGUAUAUGAUAUUUCAAACGCCAAGUCCUUCCAAAACACGCGCAAGUGGAUCGACGAUGUUCGGGCCGAGCGAGGCAACGAUGUGAUCAUAGUGCUGGUGGGUAACAAGACGGAUCUGAACGACAAGCGCGAGGUCACGACGCAGCAAGGAGAGGACGAGGCGAAGAAGAACAACCUGAUGUUUGUCGAGACCAGCGCCAAGCUGGGCCACAACGUCAAGACGCUCUUCAGGAGGAUAGCACAGGCCCUGCCUGGCAUGGAGGGGACCGACGCCGCCGCCCAGGCAUCAAGCCAAAUGAUCGAUGUCAAGUCCACAAACGCUCCGGCUCAACAAGAAGGCUGCGCCUGCUAA